GAUUUCCUAUACGGCAUUCCAUAUUCACAGGGCACCUUUUAGGAAUGGUCACUGGAAAAUGAGAUUUUACCAGAAAGAUGGUGAAUCAAAUGAAAAUAUGAAAUUGUAGAUUCAUUUUGCAAAGUUUCGAAUCUGUUAAUAAACAAAUGCAAGGCUCUAGAAAGCACACAAUCAGAAAUUAAAAGGAGAUCAAAUGCAAAACUGACUUGUGCUCAACACACUAAUAUUAUUUUAUGGCACUCAGCUUUCUGCUCAGGUUGAUUGUUUAUUAGUCAUACUGCCCUAUAUAUAACCAUCAGAGGGGGGGAUUGUAUCUUCAAAAACAAAGAAUCCCUAUUCAAGAAAUCAAUCAUUCCUUCUCAAACAAUUCCUUAAAUUUUACUUCAUGGCUGCUCAAAACAAUGUUCAACUUACUGCCAUUAAAGAAAGCGAUAACCAUAACAAAAAACAAGUACCUGAAGAGGACUCUGACUACUCCCAAAGGUCACAAUGGCUUCGAGCUGCUACAUUAGGAGCCACUGAUGGAUUGGUUACGACUGCAUCUCUAAUGAUGGGUGUUGGAGCUGUCCAGAAAGACAUUAACGCCAUGAUCCUAGUCGGUUUUGCAGCGUUGUUUGCUGGUGCUUGUAGCAUGGCGAUAGGAGAGUUUGUUUCUGUGUACUCUCAACUAGAUAUAGAGUUAGCUCAAAUUAAGAGAGAGACCAAAAUAAAAGGACAGAAUCAUCAUGAGCAGCAAGAAGAAGAAGACAAGAAGGAAGGACUGCCAAAUCCACUUCUGGCAGCCGUAGCUUCUGCUGUUGCAUUUUCAUUGGGUGGCAUAAUACCAAUUCUUGCUGCUGGAUUUAUAUCUAACCAUAAGGUGAGGAUGGGCGUGGUGGUGGCGGCAGUGAGCUUGGGAUUGUUUGUAUUUGGAGGGGUUGGUGCUAUUCUUGGGAAAAGUCCUGCAGCGAGGUCUUGUGCCAGAGUUUUAAUUGGUGGCUGGAUGGCUAUGGCUAUUACCUUCGGACUUACAAAACUGAUAGGCACUGCUGGCAUGGAGAUGUGACCGGAUCGUUAUGUUCCUGUCCCUAUUCCCAGUCCAGAAUCAUCUCUUUUAGCAAAUAUCUGUUGUGUACUUGUGUUCCUUACUUCCAGGAUAAGAAUAGAAUAAAUGGAAGAUAUCUCUUUCUGUAAUGGUUCUGGUUUGAAUGAAUGAUAGUAACGCGUUUUCUGAAAUUUAUGUACCCGUAAUCUUGCUUCUUUAAUAUGGUUGGCAUCAUCAAAUCUUUAUUGAACUCUUUCGUAGCAGACAUGCAGUCCAAUUAGGUGAAGUAACAUGCUACUGAUGAAUCUAGUUUGCACCAUGUAGCUUCUUGCUAAAUGAGGCAUCAUCUAUACCUAUUUCACUCUAAUUAACAAAUUAAUCGUUUAAGCACUCAAACAUGAUUUCAAGUGAUUUAUAAAUUUGAAAGCACUCUAUUCAAGAAGCAACCCAAUCCCACAGCCUCACCGCUUGAUGAUGAAUGUAUUCGGGGUGACAAUUGCAUUAACAGUCUAUUAACAAAAUGUGUUAACCAUUUGCCACUAUCUAUGUAAAGCAAGCUAAAUAAUUGGCAAGAAACAUUAAUCGAAUUUUUUACUAUGUGUACGGUACAAGCUAAGAAAAACCAUUAAUCAAAUUUGCUACUAUGUAUAUGGUGCAAGCUAAGAAAGUUGGCUAAUCGAAUUUGUUACUAUGUAUAUGGUGCGUGUCUUACUUUUUUGUUGAAUGAUGAGUGUUAAGACCUGCCUCAGUUUCAACCAUUUAAAUUUUCUACUCCUAUUUUUAUUCGCGACUUGCACAAAUCUCAGUUGCCAAAUCUUGAAUCAGCCAAAUGGUUUGAGAAAUAGAAGAAAUGGUGCUAAUAUAUUAUCUAAUCUCUUAGUGGAUUAUAAUGCUUUUGGCCUUAAUGAGUCUCUUAUGAAUUCUUGAGUGAGAGAGCUUGUGGCCUUUAUGUGGAUGGCACACUUGCUGGAAUACUUGAAUGUUUUGCUUUCUUAGCUAGAGCACACCCCAUAAAAGGAUAAAGUAAACCGACUGCCAAACAUCUGUUAAACGAGCUACGUGUUCAGUUAGUGGAUUCUUCAAGUUUUUUUUGGUCUAAAAUCAGUAGCAUUUUAAAAAUAACUCCAUUUAAAAAAUGAAGAGCUUGUAGCCUCUUUGUGGAUGGAACAGUAUAAUUUUUGCCUUCUCAGCCUAAGUGUGGAGAGCACACUCCACCCUAUUUUAUAUACAAAAGUAUUCAUGCAAGUGAUUUCCUAUAAUGCAUUCCAUUUUCAAUGAAUCCAUUUCAUAAUUUGCAACAGUACUGAAACAGAAUUCCUAUGGCCUUUAUUCCUUGAAACAGAAUUACUAUGUAAUGAGCGUAAAAGGUAGUUGCAUCAUUACACAGUGAAUUCAAAGGUAAUUUGCAAGAUAAUGUGGUCCUUACAGACCCAUCCUUGAAGAAUUGUCACCAGAUAUAAGGUCGUUUCACCAGAAGAGAUGGGGACCAGAAAGGAGGAAAAAUAUAUAUAUGAAACUUGCAGAUUCAUUUUGCUAAGUUAGAGAUGUGUUAAUAAAAAAAGCAAAAGGUUUUGGCAAGCAUGCAAUCAGCAAAAAGAGAGAAAAGACUCAAAAAGUGCCACAAAGCCUUGUGCUCACCACACUACUAAUUUUUUUAAUGGCUCCACUUUCUGCCCCAGACUGAUUAAACUUUAGUCAUCCUGUCCUAUAUAGAAGGGAGAUUACAUCUUCAUAAACCACAAGCCCUUCAAUUUUCCAAAACAAUUCCUUAGAAAACUCCUUCAUGGCUACUCAAGACCAUGUCCAAAUUACCAUCCCUAAUAAACAGGACAACCAAAACCAAGUCCCUGAAGAGGAUUUUGACCACUCCCAGAUGACACAAUGGCUUCGAGCCGCUGUGUUAGGAGCCAGUGAUGGAUUGGUUUCAACUGCAUCUUUGAUGAUGGGUGUUGGAGCUGUCCAAAAAGACGUAAACACCAUGAUCCUUGUCGGCUUUGCAUGGUUGUCUGUUGGUGCCUGUAGCAUGGCCAUAGGGGAGUUUGUAUCUGCACACUCUCAUCAUGUACAGCAAGAAGAAAACGAACACAGGAACGAAGGACUGACAAAUCCUUUUCUAGCAGGCCUAGCCUCAGCUGUUGCAUUUUCAAUAGGGGGCAUAAUGCCAAUUCUUGCUGCGGGAUUCAUAUCUAACCAUAAGCUUAGGCUGGCUGUGAUUGUGGCUGCAGUGAUCUUGGGCAUCGUUAGCAUUUGGUUGAAUUGGUGCUUUUUUGUAAAGAAGUCAUACGGUGAAAUCUUGUGCCAGAGUUUUAAUUGGUGUCUGAAUGGCUAUGGCCAUUUCCUUUUGACUGUCCAAACAGACGGCCUCUACUGGCGUGGGGAUGUGUUAGGAAAUUUUUAUUCUUGUCCCUUUACCUAGUGCUUAAAAUCAUGUUACUUCGCACACAGUUGAAUGAAUUUCAUGGAUAAUAAUACUAUUAGCAAAAAAACUGAGCAAUCAUAGAAUUUCAUUGAUGAGUUUUCAGAAUCGAUGUGUUUUCGUAUUACAACAAUUUGAUCCACGUUACUUGUAUUGUAUAUAUGUGGUGCUAGCUAGACGAAUUAAGGUAUGCAAGAUGCUUAUCUUUUAAUGAAAUGACAGAGGACCGCUAAAUGGCUUGAAUUGUGUCUUUUGCUUCAAAUAAAUUAAAUCUCGUUUCUUAGGUUCAUUCAACUACCAUAAAGGUCGAAGGUAUUAAAUCAGUCUUUACAUUUCACUAAUUAACCCUCCUAUAUUCCACAGCAUCAAAUCUUUCCCCCCAUUAUGCCUUUACAUCUUCAUGUAAAAUACAUAUAUAUCCAUAAUGCAAUUUUCAGAACUUCGAAUCUUAGCAAGGUUUCCAAAAAGUGUUGAUUCUGAAUCCACAUAAUUUCACAAGGUCCCAAGCCAACAAAAUUCACUUUCAAAGGAGUAAUUAGGACUAGGACUUAGUUUCUGCAUCCAGAAAUGGCUCGUAACUGAACAAGCCUGGGACUUCAGCUAUCACGAAUAAUACCUACACGUUGGUAUAAGACAAAACUGCACCAAUAUGCUUUCCCAAAGAUGAUUCCUAUUGAAGAAAUAACCAUUCCUUUUUUUAAUACACCAAAAAAAAAAAAAAAACAGAAACUAAAAAACCGAC